CCCAAACCCGACCCGUUAAAAACCCAUUAACCUCCUCCUCUCUCCUCUCUCUACAGCUCCGCCAGAAAAUGCGGCGCUUCUCCUCUUGCUACCUCCGACCAUCUCAUUUCCCUCCAAAAUCCAAUCUUUCGCCAAAACCUCACCAACCCAAUUUAAUCCCCAUCGACCCAAUUCAAAUCUCAGCAAUCCUCUCCGAAAAAGACUCCUUUUCAGCUCUAAACAGAGAGCUCAAGCCCAAGUUACCCCACUCCAAUCCUCAAUCUGUAGUCACCGUCAUCCAAAACCAAGAUAACCCAAUUCACUCCCUCAAGUUUUACAUCUGGGUUUCAAAUUUCAGUCAAAAAAUCUCAAGGGAUCCAUCAGUUUGUAGAGUUUUAUCUAAUGUGUUGUGUCGAAAAGGCCCGGUUUUGCUCUCUGUUGAGCUUUUGAAGGAAGUUAAAGGUAGCGGGAUUCGAUUUACAGAGGAAAGUUUAUGCAUUUUGAUUGGGAGUUGGGGCAGAUUGGGGCUUGCUAAGUAUGUUAACGAGGUGUUCGUGAAAAUGUCUGUGUUGGGCUUGAGGCCGAGCACUCGGAUUUACAAUGCGGUUAUCGAUGCUUUGGUGAGAGCGAAUUCGCUCGAUUUGGCUUACUUUAAGUUUCAGCAGAUGGGUUCGGACAAUUGUACACCAGAUAGGUUCACUUACAAUACUUUGAUCCAUGGAGUUUGUAAGUUGGGUAUUGUUGAUGAAGCGAUGCGGUUGCUGAAGCAAAUGGAAGCCUUUGGGUGUUCUCCUAAUGUGUUUACUUACACAAUGUUGGUUGAUGGAUUUUGCAACACAAAGAAGGUGGAGGAGGGUGUUAAGGUUUUAGAGAUGAUGACGAAAAAGAAUGUGUCUCCCAGUGAAGCCACAUUUAGGUCUUUGAUUCAUGGUGCAUUUCGGUCGUUGGAGCUUAAAAAAGCUUAUGAGAUAGUGUGUGGUGUUUUAGAACGGGAAUCAAUGGUUCAAGAGAAUGCUUAUAGUACUUUUUUGUAUUGCCUUUCGAAGAACAACAUGGCGAUACAGGUGAAAGAUUUUAUGAAUAAGACAAGCAAAAGGGGUUAUUUACCAGAUCCUUCGACUAUUGGCUUUGUCAUGGCUUGUCUUGUGAAGGGUUUGAGACUUAGUGAAGCUUGUGAGUUGUUUGAUGAUUUUGUUAGGAGAGGUGGGAAGCCUGGAUUUAGUACAUAUCUUACAAUGAUCAAGUCAUUGCUUAAAGAAGGAAAGGCUGCAGAGGCACAUCGAUGUCUCCAGAAGAUGAUAAUCAAUGGACUUAUUUGCAGUGUUGUAUCUUAUAACAUGUUGAUUGAUUGCUUUGUUAAAGCUGAAAUGAUGGAGAAGGCAAUGGAAAUAUUGAAAGAUAUGAUCAAGAAGGGCUUUCCCCCAAAUAUUGUCACUUAUAAUACUCUAAUAUCAGGUCAUUCUAAAGUUGGGGAUGUGAAUUUGGCAAGGGAUGUUUUAAAAAUGCUAUUGGAGCAUGGUUUUAAGCCGGAUGUUGUUACCUUUAGCUCUCUAAUAGAUGGCCUUUGCCGAGUCCAUCAGAUAAAUGAUGCUUUUGGUUGUUUCAAUGAGAUGAUUGAAUGGGGCAUUUCUCCAAAUGCUAUUACAUAUAAUAUACUGAUUCGUUCUCUUGGCUCUAUUGGAGAUGUUCAGAGGGCUAUGAAGCUAUUUCAAAAGAUGAAGGCAGAAGGAAUUAAGCCGGAUGUUUUUUCUUUCAAUGCUCUCAUUGUGAGCUUGUGCAAGAUGAACAAGAUUGAGAGAGCACGAAACCUUUUUGAUUCAAUGUUGAGAUUUGGGGUAAUUCCAGAUAUUUAUACCUACAAUGCUUUUAUAAAGGCUUUAUGUGAUGCUAGAAGAACUGAAGAAGCCAAAGAAGUUGUACUAGUCAUGGAAACCAAUGGGUGUUGUCCAAAUUCAUACUCAUAUGGAUCAAUUAUCGAUGCACUUUCCUCUACGGGUCGUCUUGGAGAGGUCCUAGAUGCAGUUACUGACUGUGAAAGGAGGGGAGUUCAUAUUAACAAUGCUUCAGAUUUGAUGACUAAUUAUAGAAUUGGUGAUAGUGUUGUUAACUCUUAAUCUUUUAUACUCUGUCAAAGAGAAGUGAUUGACAUUUUGACCAUCCACAAUGUGAAGACUUGUGCCUGCGAUUACCAAGUGAUUUGUUGAGAGUUGAUCAAAUUUCUAUUUAUCAGUGGCAGCUGUAUAUACCGAAUUACAUUGUUCUAUAUACACAGUGGUUCUGAAGAGAUGGGAGUUUAAUGAAAAAUUUACUGGGUUAUAGUUAAGGGAAACAUGGCGUAUCCACAGCCUGAGUGACAGCAGCAGCAGUCACCAAUAUACAGCAGCAGUGGCAAUGGGGAGUUGCCUUAAGUGACUGCCAGCAGCAGGACUCUAGCUAUACAGUGAACUCCUACCUCUCCUUCUCAAUUGAUCCUCCCAUAACCCUAAAAAGUCUAACUCCACUUCCCAAUGCCGUGGAAAACACAAUUACUCACAGUUGUGGCCUUUCUUCGCUGUGGGUGUUGUGUUCGCCCCGGAUCCUUUCGGGUCAAGACCCGAAUCCGCUCCAAUCAUGUUUCAGUUGCGAAGGUCACCCGUCUUCUUUGUUUUGCUACCUGUUGGGGUCCUGCUCUUUGGUCACUCUCUUUGGUAGUAUCAUCAUGUUCAAGCAAGAAUCUUGGGUUAAUUUUGCUGAUUUUGAGACUUUUGAAGGAAUUUGCUGGGGCAUAUCUCUGGGAAUUUGCAAAGCAAGAUGUUUCCAGCAUACUUCAUGGUGGUAUCAGUGUCCGCAGCAACAUCAGUUGCAGCAUUUGGAUACCUUCAUUUAUGGACAACCGCAC